AUGGGAAAGGAAUGGGGCAAUAAUGGCGGACCAAUGCCUGCGAUGUACCACGAGCUGAUUUGCACGAUAGGAGCACAAGCGGAUAUCCAGCCAUGGCAAUCUCUGCUGGUUAUGGAUGGGCUUGCGGGAGACAGCCACGUUGAGACCUGUUCACCCAGGGCUUUUUCUGGCCAGCAGGCUACUAUACUCGACCCAAUCGAGGGCAGCAGAGGUCGGCGCUGUCAGUUAUCACCAAGUGUCUCAAAUAAUGUGUUAGGCUUACUUAGCGUGACGGCGAAGGAUGACAAUCACCGUUGGCGUCGAGACUCGAUCUCUGAAACUUGCACCAGGAACGCCUUGGUUGGCCUCCGUCAGAGUAUGUGGAUUAUCGAGCGUGUUGGCGCUGCACACGAUCUACGUGGUGGGGAGUCGCCCAGAAUAGCUGCGGAUGCAUGCCAUACCGACCGUAGACCUGGCUUUGUGGGCAUGCAUAUACAAAUUUCCAUCCAUCCCAUCGAUUGCUGCGAGAGCGGGAGCCCACAUCUGAACCAAGUUCUGCUUCCCUCUGAAGCUGGUGAUGCGUCGAUGUAG